CCACAAGCCCAAUCACCAAUCUCAGGCAGGACGUCCCUGAGAACAUCAGCAGCUUUUUCUUUGCUCUUGCACGGCUAAAUCUAAAAAUGUCCUGGACGCGACCUCUUCUUCUCACCUGUCUCUUUGUUUUGUCCGUCAUCACCUUGUUCCAUGGAGCCGACAGCGCCGCUGUGUCCGAUAAGAAGGCAGCCAGUCCUCAAGGUGCACUGAGGAAGAUCUUCAUGCAAGAGGCAGAUGCCUCCAGCUUCUUCAAACGGCGAGGAAAGAGGGCUGUGAAAACUCAAGAUGAGAUAAACGGUGAGGCUAUAAAUUGUGCUUAUGUGAAAACUCAUUAUGUCAAUUCAAGCGCAACCCCUUGAGCAACUGUCAACUACAAUGGACAAUCCAGAACGUUUGAUUU